GUUAUUUCGACAAGAGCGAACGAAUCGUCACGAUUUUUGUUGUGUGAUGAAAAUAAAAUUUAAGUUUUUAUGGGUCGCUGUAAUUUGUGCUAGUAGUGAAAAAAUACAGUAUUAGUGAUAAUUACAAGUGUUAGAAUCGAAAACUUGAUGUUUUAAAUUGGAUGUGAAAAAAUCGAUGCGAUUGUGUGUACUGCGUUUUCUACAAUAUGUGCUGUGUUGAUUACGAUUGACGUAGGAACAAAAGGAAAUCGUAUCGAAUUCUGCAACAAAUCUAAUAAAGAAUGGGAUCAACGGAGGUGAUCAAUGUCACGGCACAGCCGAUAUCGGACACCGUGCACGAAAUCUUUAAGCCAUUGCAAGAGCCGGUGUUCCUCGCCACCCGGCCUGCGCAGGUCAUUGCUGGGUUGUUCGUAUGGACAGCACUCUUCAUCACUUGCCAACAGAUCUAUCAGCACCUGCGCUGGUACACGAACCCGUCGGAGCAGCGAUGGAUAGUGCGCAUCCUGUUCAUCGUGCCCAUCUACGGCUGCUACAGCUGGAUCUCGCUGCUGUUCUUCAACGGCGACUCCUACUACGUCUACUUCUUCACCGUCAGGGAUUGUUAUGAAGCGUUCGUGAUCUACAGCUUCCUCUCCCUCUGCUACGAGUACCUCGGCGGGGAGGGGAACAUCAUGUCGGAGUUGCGCGGGCGGCCGGUCCGAGCGUCCUGCGUCAACGGCACGUGCUGCCUCUCCGGCGCGACGUACACCAUCGGCUUCCUCCGCUUCUGCAAGCAGGCGACGCUGCAGUUCUGUCUGGUGAAGCCCGUGUGCGCGUUCAUUAUUAUCUUCUUGCAGUCGGCAGGCCACUACCAUGACGGCGACUGGAGCCCCAACGGCGGGUACCUUUACAUCACGAUCGUGUACAACUUCUCCGUGAGCUUGGCGUUGUACGGCCUGUUCCUGUUCCUUGGCGCCACUCGCGAGAUGCUCAAGCCGUUCGAUCCGGUGCUCAAGUUCUUUACCGUCAAGUCUGUCAUCUUCUUGUCGUUCUGGCAAGGUGUAGCGCUCGCAAUACUCGAGAAGGCCGAGGUGAUCUCGCCGAUCAUCGACGCGGGCGGCGUGCCCACCACCGCGGGUACGGUGUCCGCGGGCUACCAGAACUUCCUCAUCUGCCUGGAGAUGUUGGCGGCGGCGGUCGCGCUCCGGUACGCGUUCCCCGCCGCGCCGUACGCGCCGCACCAGCACCCGCACCGCUCUGUCACCAUGCAGUCCAUAUCGUCCAGCCUUAAGGAGACGAUGAACCCGAAGGACAUAAUGACGGACGCGUUCCACAACUUCCACCCCCAGUACCAGCAGUACACGCAGUACAGCUCCGUGAUGCGAGGGGCGGAGCUAGGCAAGCGCGAGGAAGGGGCGGCGCUCGCGCCCCGCCCCCCGCCCCAGCGGGUCGCCACCAUCAGCCACACCAACUACCACGAGAAGACCACCCUGCUCAGCUCCGAUGAUGAGUUCCAGUAAGCGGCUCCAGUGGCGUAGCUAGCCGUAGGCCCGUACCAAAAAAAAUAAAGGUUAAAAUAUUUUUUCUACACACGUUUGGAGGUCCCUAGCCUAAUACCGAUACCGUAUCAAAAAAAAAAAAGUGAAGCGUGCAAGUUUAAAAAAAAUUGAGGCAAGUAAAUCAAGAUUAUUUCCUAUACACGUUUUCGGUUUGGACCCCUAUACUAUAUGAUAAAGUAGCCUUUGCCCGAAUAAUUUUUUUUUGAGGAUAAAAAAAUCUACACACAUUUGGAGGCCUAUGGUAGGCUAGCUACGCCUAUGAGUACAAACCACUGGCAGUCUGACACUAUAUCAUGAAUAGGGUAAAGUCUCUAGUUAUUGGCACUUUCCUUUAAUAGACAAAAGAGCUAAUAAGUACUGUUGGAAUGUUUUGCCCUAUUAUUCUUCUAAAAUGAUUAUAAUGUAAAGGCUAAUCAAUACCAAAUCUUAUCACUAAGUAAUGAAUAGAAAAUUAUUACAACACGUUAACUAAAGGUUGCAUAUACGGAAAUUUGAAUGCAAAAUAUGCCUUACAUCAUUCCGGUUAGGAACAGCCUUACGAGCGAAGUAUAAGUAUGCCCUAGAGUCUAGACAGAUUUCCUGAUCUUUUAAACUAUAAAACAGCUAAGAGGUAAGUAGAUACCUAUUUCACUAUAAGAACAAUCCAUAAAUUGUUUUUAAAAACGUCAUUUAAAACGGAUAAUUAAUGCAUUUCAAAAAAUUC